CCGUUGGCGGCGCCACUCCCUCUCCACAGCGACGCGACGAGACGGAGCAUCUCGCUGAGGAGAAGGCGGCCGCCAUGUUUAACAAGAAGUCGAUGGUGCUGGUCUGCGGGGGAGCCCCCAGCAUGGCGCCCAACGCCGCCGCCUCGCCCGGAGCCGGAGGAGGCGUCGGGGAAAGCAGCAGCAGCGGCGGCGGAGGGAACAACAAUGGCGGCGAGGAAUCUGCGAAGGCCUUCUUCUCGGAGGGGCGGCGCCCUCUGAUUGGCGGGGGACCCCUGAGCGCGCUGAUUGGCCCUUGCCAGGGGGCUCCGCGGGCGCUGAUUGGCUCUCCCGCUGAGGGAGAAGGAGAGCAGCCAAAAUGGCGCCCGGCCUCCCUCCCGCUGCCUGAGGGAGAGCUCGACGGCUGCGAGGAGGACGAGGACCAGGACGAAGCCGUGCCCUCGUCCACCCCCUCGCCCGACAAAGAGAUGCCCGAGGAGAAAGAAGGCAAAGCGGGGCCCCCGCUCUGCCCCGACCACCUGCGGAAGACCACGCUGGAGGUGGUGGGCCGCUACCUGCGCGAGGCCGGCUCCGAAGGCUCCGCCGGGCCCAAGUUCUCCCUCCAAGGCCUCCUGGGACGCUUCGGGAGCAGCCCCGACGAGGCCGAGGUGGCGCGGGCGCUGGAGACGCUGCGCCGGGUGGGAGAGAGCCUCCGGGAGAAGCACCUGCUCGCCUUCCAAGGAAUGCUGAGAAAGUUGGAAAUCAAGAAAGAAGAGGACUUGACGUCUGUGUCAGAAGUUGCAACAGAAGUCUUCAGAGAUGGCAUAAUAAACUGGGGGCGCAUUGUGACUCUCAUCUCUUUUGGUGCCUUUGUUGCCAAACACUUGAAGAGCAUAAACCAAGAGAAUGCUAUCAACACUUUAAUAGAAAUUAUCACUGAUGUGCUGGUGACGGACAAGAGAGACUGGCUAUUGAAGCAUAAUGCCUGGGAGGGAUUUGUUCAGUUCUUCCAUGUAGAGGACAUAGAAGGUGGCAUCAGGAAUGUUCUGGUGGCUUUUGCCAGUGUGGCUGGAAUAGGGGCAGGCUUGGCCUACAUGAUCCGGUGAGCCCAAAAGCCAUCCCCUCACUUGGACAAUCCUGUUCCUGCUGCAACUAGAAAACUGAGCUGUUCUUUCAAAGUUGAUGGGAGGCUAAAACACCUGGAAUUCCCAUGGAAGGGUUGGCUUGAACUGGCAGGUAUCCAACGCAAACCAACGAGAAUGUCUUUGCAGACGGGAGUAGACAUCUCUGACGAAGAAACGUGCACCCUCUGCUCCCCCAGAAGUGUCACAAUGAGAAGCUGUGAGCGCUCCAGGACAGGCUUGGUUGUGGACUACGCCAGGCCUGGCCGUGAGGGAAAGAAAUCUUGGUCCAGUAAACUGCAUUGGCCAGUUGCCCCCCUUCACAGCCUGUUCCCUUUUUUUAAAAAAGUUCCCCUCUCCAAGAGGAAGUGUUUUGAAUUGUUGGGACUUUUCUACUUCAUGUUUUAUUUUGAUUUCUCCUUUCCUUAUAGCAUCCAUUUUGUGGCUAAAUUUAUACAUUUCUGAAAAUAGAAAGACUUCUGAAGGUUGGCUGCUGGAGACCCGGCCUAUGCAUACAGUGAUGCUCACUCCCGCGAGUGGUUCCGAGACAGGCUUGUAGACGUCAGUUUCUCGAUGGACUUCAGUUGUAGAAUCCAGAGUUGAAGUUGUCUUGCUGUUGAGCUAGAAUGUUUUUUAGUCUAUGCCGUGCUGUUAACUUUGAGUCUUAGGCAUAUUUGGUGGAAGAUGGUGCUCUGGUCGGAACUGUUUGUUUACAUUCACUUUAAUAAAACAAUUCACAGGUUUUCUGGUGGCUCUCUUCUCUUGAGGCAAAGAUAUGCCCUCAUUGAGUCUUUUGUGGCCAAAUAAUUGAAACCUGAUGGGUCACUCGAGGCCUAAGCGUGGUCUCCUCCCUCUUCUUUUUACUGGUUGUAGCUAAAAAUUCCAGAGCACCUGUCAAUAGAAGCAUCACAAGGACUUGGGUUGUGUUUUUAUGAGGAAGCAGACAAAUAUUCCUAGAGACUGCAAAAUAUUCUUGCAGCGGUUAGCGUUCCUUGUCCCAGGAACGGAAAAACCGUGGUCCUCCAGACAUUUAUGGGCUUCAGCAUCCUAUCAGCCUCAAGCAGUCGUGAUCAAUAGCCAGUGUUGCUUAAUAUUUGGUUCCUUAUUCCCUCCUUGACUUAUACCCUUCUGGUUCCCAUGUCGUUUUCCUUCUCUGUAAUGUGUGGGAUUAGCUCUGCAUAUUUCAUGUAACAUGACUGGUUGUUCUAGCUAACAAGUUCCAUUCAUUUCAGUAGCCGUGUUUUGACCUAGGCCUACAAUUUUAUUUUCUCCUGUAUAAGUUAAGAAUAAAGAGGCGGUGAAAGAGGAAACAUUCCACUUGCAAAUGUCCAUGAUGCGAUAUAUUAAAAAACCAACACUGUUUUUUGCAAA